AUGCAGAAGCAAGAUAAUAAAUUAAAUGCCCUUGAAACCGAAUUAACAGAGGCAAAAAAAGAAAAUAAAUUAAAGAAAAAUGCAACUGAUAAACUUUUAAAAGAAGCAAAUGAACGACUCAAAAAAGAUUUAAGAAAUAAGAACUUAGCAGAAAUAGCAGCUGCUCAGGGGAUGCUGGAAGGAGCCAACGCAUUACGAAAAGAUACCCAGAAUUCGCAAGACGCAACCGAUAAAUUGCAAUGCAAAAUUAAUAAAAGAAAAUCGGAACUUACAUAUAUCAUCAUUUCUCCCUCCAUCAGAGAAGUCAGAUAG